UUGGGCUCAAAUAAUUUUUUAAUAGUUCUGUGUAAAUAGUUCAAUAAUCCGCGAAAAAACUUAGUUUUAUUAAUAGCUUUUCUAAUAGUUUUAUUAGUAAAGCUUUACGAAUAGUUUUAUUAAUAGCUUUACUAAUAGUCCAUUUUCGUAAGGGAGGAAUCGGUCGUUUAAUUGUUUUGUGUUGUACCAAUAAGAUGAGGAGGACAAUGUAUCCAACGAUGAAACGUUAGCAUGCUAUAUACGUGUCUCGUAUAUCUUUCAUUUAUUUUAUCUCUCGUGAUACAGUUUCGUAAAAUGUUUUGAUAAAUCAUUUAAGUGCCUGUUUAAUUAUUCUUUUCGUAUUACGCGAUAAGAAUAUAAUUUAUUUAAAACAAAGUGAGAAUGCUGUAAUCUUUCUAUAUAUUCUAAUCAAUUUUAAGAAGUAAUUCUGUCAUUUAAAAAAUGAUUAAAUGCUUCUAAAAUAAACGCCAUUCAAUUGUGAAAAUUAGGGUAAGCUAUAGAAUUAUGUUUACUAAAAAUAGGAUUUACAUUUAUUUAAUUUAAUAAUUGUUUAAUAAUCGUGUAAUUAUGUACGCACGAUAAAUUAUGAUAUACUUACGAUAAACUAUAUAGUUUAUUCUGCAUUCUGUAUUUGAUAUCUUUUUCACGUUGUAUCGUUUAUUGUAGCGACAUCUCCCGCGUUAGAAAUGCUCCCAAAUUUAGUCUUAAACCCAACAAAAAAGAAAUGAUACUCGGUAAAAGAUACAGGUUUUUUGUUCAAAGUUUUCUAUCGCCGUUUCUCCUGGAGUUAAACCAGUCGCUUUACCGCCCGACGUCUAUUUCAAAGAAGGCUAAAUAAGGUGUAUUUUUUAAAAGCGGCCACAACCAAAAUGAAAUUCAACGUCGAAUAGUGCACGAAUUGGAUCUUAAAAAAAAACAGAAGGACUAAGAAUCGAAUACAAAACAAACGCGGAAUUAGGCGAAACUUUGAAAUAGAAUCCCUACCAAAUGACAAAUAAUAGAACUAGAGAAUGGCGAUUGAUUGACGUCACAAAUAAAACUGGAAAUAAUACUUUCUCGAACAUAUUUGUAUGACUCAAAAGAAGCAAUUACAUAAAUUUAUUUACCGUGCGAAUAGAUUUUGCGCAAAUAGCUUAAACGUUACACAAUAGAUUUCCAAGAAAUAUGUUAAUUAUCGUUUAGUAUGCAAAAUAUAGUCUGUUUAUCAAUGUGACUUUGUGUUGUUAAACGUUAAAAAGUAGAAUUCCAGGAAAUAUUUUGCAUACCAGACGAUAAAUAAUAUUAUGUAUCGUCUAUGCAAUCGGUAUGCAAAAUAGUAAUAAAAACAGCAUUGAAAUAAUAUACGUUGUUGUUAUUAUGUUUCAUAUACGUCAAUAGUUUACUUUAAUUAAUUUCAUCUUUUAUUAAUGUUAAAAUAGGAAAGACACUGAAGAAGUAAAUCCAGAUAUAAUUUGCUAUAAGAGCCAAUACAAGAUGUAAAAAUUAAUGUAUUAGCAAGCAAUUGUUAUUACAACCGUUUCGAGCCUUGAUUCGGAUUAUUUACAGUGUAAAAUUAUGACUUCGUUCUAUAUGCAAUAGUUGAUAAUCAGACUUGUGUAGCGCAAGUGCAAAAAUUGGCAGUCUAAAAUGAUGUAGUACAAUUGUAACCAAUGUGAUACAUUAUGGUCCACGUUAUUGUAUAAAAAACUUUUUGAAUAGUCAUACUAAAACAAUUAUGUACGAUAUUUUUUUAAGAAUAGCGCUACGUAAAAAAAUAAAAAAAGAAAGCAAAACUGACAUGCACAGAAAAGAAUUUUGCUGAGAUAGAUUAACUUAUACGAGGCAAAUGUACAAAGUAAUAGCGAUGUGAGUAGAACGAACGGUUACAGAAAACUAAGCGAUAUAAUGAAGCUGACAGUGAAAAUAUAAUAAAUAAAUAGUAAAUCCAAAGAGAAGUAAGAGAUAGAAACGUCAAGCACUAGUAAACAACUCUGUAUAUAAUGGAUCUAAAAGAUCUAUGUCUGUCUGCAAAUUUAAAGGCCGUUUUUGAUUCUGGAUAUAAAUCAUUUCUGAUAUAAGUCUCUUUUAAACAAUUUUUUCCCUGUCUAAAAUUUCAACUUAAUUCCUUAAGUCAAAUUCAUGUGAUAAGCUAAUUCUAUAAUCUAUAAUAACAGAAUGCUGUACCGUGUUUCUGUUGAUAUGUUUCCUAAGUUCCAUGAUUCUAGUAUUUAAAAAUCUGUCCGUUUAUCUCACAUAUAAGGCUUCGCAAUCUUUGCAGUUUAUUUUAUAAACGACAUUUGAUUGAGAGCCAGUCGAAAGUUGAUCUUUUUGAGCUCUCAUUAAAUUUACCCAUUUAAUUUAUUUGAAGUUGUUUGAGAUAUGUGGACGUUGGAAUCAUGCUUAAAAAGUUUUUAAAAUUUUUCCGAAAUAUUGUCAACGUAAGGAAUGGCAAAAAUAUAUAAUUAAUAUAUAAAUUUUACAUAAAUAUCUCAAUAGGUACAAACGGGAUUAAUACUUAAUAGUCCGCAAAUUAGCAACACAGAACAUUGCGAAACGCAAAGUCUAUCAACAUUAUACUGCUGCUAUAAUUAAUAAUAAUUGCACUGACGCCACAAUUGGUUACAUCAACGUAAAGUCGACUGCACGAACGACCAUCGGUCUCUCUCACAAAUACGCAACACAUUCCCCAGCGAGUAACAGGCAGCGGCUUAAUAUCGUCAUGGUUUAUAAAUGUUGCGUGCCCAAGUGCACAUCGAAUAAACAAAUUCCAUUGUACAUAUUUCCAAAAGAUGUGCGAAGAAGGGAAAGUUGGUUAAGAGCAAUCCAAAGAAUUGAUUUAAUCAAUGCAUCAAAGAAAAGAUUGGAUAAAUUAAGAAUUUGCACUCUGCAUUUUUCCGAUGAUCUAAUUUGUGAUUACACAAAACGGCGAAUUUUAAAAGAAUUCGCAAUUCCAAAUACAAAUUUAUCAUUAGAAAUAAAUGAAGAACCUUGUAAUAAUAAUAAUAAUCUAGAGGAAUUUGCAGUUUCUAAUACAAAUGCAACAAUAGAAAUAGAUGAGCCAUGCAAUAGUAAUUACAAUGUACAGAUCACGGAAAAUGUUAGAUGCGAAUCUAAUUUAAUGCCAAUUGAUGAAGUAGCAGAAGAAGAAACUCAACGAAAAGAACCUACUACACAAUAUCCUAAACAACUAAUAAAGAAAAAUAUUCGAAAUAUGCAGAAAUUAUUACAUAAGAAGAAAAAAUAUAUCCACCUACAGCGUAAAAAAAUAAAGCAAUUGCGUCACAAAAAUAAAUGGGAAAAUUUAACAGCAGAUCUAUCAAAUACGCAAAGAAUUUUUAUGGAAAUGAUAAUAAAAAAUUUACAUUGUGCACCAGAGGUUUGCUGUUUACGAGGUGUGUUCAAAAAGUAUCGCGAAUUUUGAAUUUUCGCGGGUUAC